UUUAAAUCUGAGCGUCGCCGUGCAGGACAGAGACACAGACAGAGACACAGACUGGACAGACCAAAGACAGGUCAGUGCUUCCUGUGUAUGGUGGAUGUGGUGCCAGUGAAGAACGAGGAUGGUGUGGUGAUCAUGUUCAUCCUCAACUUUGAGGUCAUGACAGAUCAGACGCUUCAAGAUUGCAACGAGGAGCUGAACCACCGCCUGCCCACCUGGCUCGUCACCGGUCGUCCGCGAGGCUUCAAGCUGCGUCUCCCUCUGCUGCGUUCCCUGUCCAACAGUAAAGCGUCUCUGGACGACGCUGAGGUCGGUCACAUCCCCACUGCCACACCCGUGACACAGCCAGACCAGCGCAGUCGCGAGUCCUUAGGCCUGGGCGAGUUCCUGCCCCUCCCCCACCCAGCACCAGACCACCAGGAGCACAUCAGUGGAAGCAGGUUAGCUCUCCAGAGCUGGCCAGAAGACCGGCAGGAGGACCAGCACACCCUGCUGGGCUCUGGACCUCCGCUGUCCUCUCCUCUACCUCCACACGGGUCUCACUUGGUCACCCAGUCCUCACCGUGUGUGGCACCCCAUCACCGCCUCAGCCUCAACCCCGACGCCUCGGGCUCCAACUGCUCCUUGUCGCGUAGUCGCUCGCGGGAAAGUUUCCACAGCAUGCGUCGAGCGUCUUCCGUGGACGAGAUCGAAGCCAUGAGGCCGGACUGGGACAGAAAGAACCGGAGAGCGAGCGUCCGGCCGGGCAGCGCCGGUGCAGUGAACAAUAAAUCCAACAUACUGAACUCCACGUCGGACUCGGACCUCAUGCGAUACCGAGCCAUCUCCAAAAUCCCCCAGAUCACCCUGAACUUUGUGGACUUCAAACCCGAUCCCCUCAUCGCGCUGCCCACUGGAGAGAUGGACAUCAUCGCUCCCUGCAAACUCAUCGACCGGACUCACCACGUCACAGAGAAGGUCACACAGUUUAACAUGGACGAGCUGGUGUUUGUGUGA